CUUUUGUAUGCUGCUAUUUGCUCUUUGUUAAGAGUUGGGAAGGCUUCUAAUAGCCUUGUAGCUCUGUGUUUGGCAGACUCCAAAUGGUGUUUUGGUUGCUUUCUAUGGGAUGUUAAGGAUACUAUGAAGUACAGUUUACUCUGAUAAUGAAAAAAACCAUGGUUGCAUUUAACACCAGUGCUUCUUAACAAAGCUUUUAUGCCAAGUUCUAACUUUAAAAAAAGAAAACAUAAUUCAACCUUGCUAAAAAGUUCUAUGGCAGCCAUUUUUCACCUAUGUCAAUUUGCUACUUGAUGGCAAAGUGUUUGAACUUCUUGGCAAUAUCUGUGGUAUAAAAUAGGGACAUUUUACUGACCUAUUUCAGGUUGAAACUUUGAAACUUGAGCCUAUUAACAUCAACCACUGAGUGUAGUACAAUAGAAUGACAGAUCUGUAAGACCUUUUUAACUCUUUUGUCUUCAUUUCAAAGCCUUGUUCAUUUCCUUGCUAAGCAUGGAGUAUGACGGACUGGGAAGAAAAAGAAGCAUGUUGUCACUUGAGUGAAAGUGCCUGAGAAAUGUUACCAAGUUUAGGUUGGGUGUUUCCUUUGGGAGAGAACAGGCCUAAACAGUGUGUUUCACAUCCUGUGGCUACCAGGAAGGCACCAUGAUUGAGAUUAGAGAUGCUCCUUUAGCUAAUUUUUAAACAAGUCUAAACCUUAUAAAUAAUGGGAAUGGAAAGUCUUUGUUUCUUGCACAUAUCAGGAGCUACCCAAAGAAAUUGUAAAGUCAGUGCAAGGUGGGAAGAAAUAAAGCCAAAGACCAAUGCAGAAAUAUGAAUCUAGUUUCUUGCAUUAAUUUCUUAGAUAAAAGUUUCUGACAUCAAAUGAGAAAACUAACCCCAAAGACUAAUAUCCAGCCCAGAAUUAAGAAUCCAAUGAAGCUUAAAUGUGUGGCAUAAUAUCUGACUCAUUUAAUAAAUGACACCUAUUUCAAUACUACAUUUUGAAAGGAUAAAGCAAACUAAAAUACAGAGAGCAUAGAAAGCAGAAUAGUAAAGUCAAAUUAUAUGUGUAAAUACCAGACUACAUUAGGCAGGGGUGGGUGUCAUGAGGAUUAGUGUGAUAGUGACCUUGUUGCUAAGUACAAAAGCAAAACAAUGACAUAAAAACAAGCGCUAAGUACUGAGUGGAGGAGAGAUGGAGGCAGACGCUUCGGAAAAAAAAAAAAGACUGAUUAAAAGGGCCCUUUGAUUCCACAGGCACAAAAUCCACAGCCAGGAAUUUGCUGCCACCUCUGAGUCAGGCAGGGGGUGGGGAUGGGGGUGCACAAUCCCAUUAGAGAAUGCCCAGUAGAUUUAGUCUGUGGGAGUCAACAUUUCUUAUUUGGACUAGUGAAGACAGAAGCAAACCAGCUCACUUGUUUCCUGGGACAGUUGAUUUAGAGGAUGGCUUUCGCAGAGCAAUCACCUGUGACCCUUCACCGCCGGGAUCUCUGUAGCCGCUCUAUCUGGCUAGCAAGGAAGAUUCGUUCAGACCUGACUGCUCUUAUGGAAUCCUAUGUAAAGCAUCAAGGCCUGAAUAAAAAUAUCAACCUUGACUCAGUGGAUGGUGUACCAAUGGCAAGCACUGAUCGCUGGAGUGAGAUGACUGAGGCAGAGCGACUCCAAGAGAACCUUCAGGCUUACCGUACCUUCCAGGGGAUGUUAACCAAGCUUUUAGAAGACCAGAGAGUGCAUUUCACCCCAACUGAAGAGGACUUCCAUCAGGCAAUACAUACUCUUACGCUCCAAGUUUCUGCCUUUGCCUACCAGCUAGAGGAGUUAAUGGUGCUUCUGGAACAGAAGAUCCCUGAAAACGAAGCUGAUGGGAUACCUGUCACAGUUGGAGAUGGUAGCCUCUUUGAGAAGAAGCUAUGGGGCUUGAAGGUCCUUCAAGAGCUUUCACAGUGGACCGUGAGGUCUAUCCAUGACCUUCGUGUCAUUUCUUCUCAUCACAUGGGAAUCUCAGCAAAUGAGAGCCACUAUAGAGCCAAGGACAAGCAAAUGUAGCUGUUAGCUCUUCCCUCUGUCUCCCUCUUUGAUCUAAUGGAAUAUUGGCAGUUCCCUGGGGUCUAGUUUUCUCAGCAUCAAUUUUGGAAAACCUUAGACCACAGGCAUUUCAUCAAGUAGGGUUGACCCACCUAUGAACAGAAGAUUACAUGGUUAUUCUGGCUAUGCAUAUGUGUGUACAUGGUUUUGUUUGCAUUGGUGGUAUAAUAAACGAUAAUAAGGGCACUGUCCACCUUAGUGCUUCCUGAUACUAAGUAACCUUUCUGGGUGUUUAACAGUCUUACAUGGCAGACGAGAAAUUGUAACUAGUUUUGAUUGACUUCUGAAAAGACUGAGUAAACAAAUUGGAAGUCCUAGACUAUCUUCAUUCAAACUACCCUAAUAAAAAGAACAUUGCUGUGCAGAGGCA